AUGACCAAAGAUCGUCUAAGCGCUCUUAAAGCCGCACAAGCAGAAGAAGACCAUGAGGAUGACCUGGCAGCAACAGAUAGCGCGCAAGGACAAUUCAUGGAAGAAUUUUUUGAACAGGUUGAAGAAAUACGAGGUAGUGUAGAUUUAAUUGCAUCAAAUGUGGAAGAAGUGAAGAAGAAACAUUCAGCGAUUCUUUCCAAUCCAGUUAAUGAUCCUAAAACGAAGGAGGAAUUAGAUGAGCUAAUGGCUAGCAUUAAGAAAACUGCAAAUAAAGUUCGAGGAAAACUGAAAUUGAUCGAAAAUAGCAUUGAACAUGAUGAAAGUAGUGGAUUAUCGUCAGCUGAUUUACGUAUACGAAAGACGCAACAUUCAACGCUUUCCAGAAAAUUUGUUGAAGUGAUGACGGAUUAUAAUAAAACACAGACAGAUUAUCGCGAACGUUGUAAAGGUCGUAUUCAAAGGCAGUUGGAUAUUGCUGGUAAGCAAGUUGGAGAUGAGGAUCUGGAAGAAAUGAUUGAAUCCGGGAAUCCAGGAGUGUUCACUCAAGGUAUCAUUACCGAUACGCAACAAGCACGGCAAACGUUAGCGGAUAUCGAAGCUCGUCAUAAUGAUAUCAUGAAAUUAGAAUCAAGUAUACGUGAACUGCACGAUAUGUUCAUGGAUAUGGCAAUGCUCGUCGAGUCUCAGGGCGAAAUGGUAGAUCGGAUAGAAUAUAAUGUAGAACACGCAAAAGAAUUUGUCGAUCGGGCUGUAGCUGAUACGAAGAAGGCUGUGCAAUACCAAAGUAAAGCAAGAAGGUCAUUGAAUUGUGGUUCUAAUCGUCGUGUAUCAUCUGUUAGCCGUCUGCAUGUGUCAAUAUCAUUUGUAUCAUGGACAAUAUGCUUAUAUACCAGUUUUAUUUACAGUUAUCAUUCAUUGUAUGUUACUUUAACAAGUCCAGGAGUUCAGUAUAUUUCGAAUUCAGAAGACAACUUGGGAAUGAUUGAAACAAGUUUAUUUGACAAAUAA